AUGCCAGUUACUAACGAUUCAAUCUCUCGUCUUGGGGCUUCUGGGCUUCGUAUCAAUCAUGCUGUGGUUGGUACAAUGCUUCUUGGAAAAGUAGGCUUUGAAGCUUAUAACGGAGUUUCGGAUGAAGCCGAGUCAAUUGCCAUUUUGAAGCAGUGCUAUGAUGCUGGGUUGCGUACUUUUGAUACUGCUGAUGUAUACUCGGCCGGAAACAGUGAAAGGGUCAUUGGUAAGUUUUUGAAGCAACACAAUAUUCCCAGAGAAGAUGUGGUUAUCAUGACCAAAUGCUACUUUAGUUUAUCACACUUUGACGGCGAAACCAGCUUGAACCUCAACAACAAAGGAUUAUCCAGAAAGCACAUUUUGGACGCCGUGAAAGGUUCAGUUGAAAGAUUGGGUACCCAUAUUGAUUUGCUCCAGAUUCACAGAUACGACCCCGAGGUUCCAGAUGAAGAGAUCAUGCGUGCUUUGAACGAUGUAGUUGAAAGUGGUCAAGUCAGGUAUUUGGGUGCUUCGUCCAUGAAAUUGUACCAGUUUAUUCAGUUGCAACACACGGCUGAAAAAUAUGGAUGGCACAAGUUUGUAUCGAUGCAGAGCAUGUACAAUUUGAUCUACCGUGAAGAUGAACGUGAGCUCAAUGAAUACUGUCAAAAAACCGGUGUUGGUUUGAUUCCAUGGUCCCCCAAUGCCAGAGGUUUACUUGCGGUUCCUUCCGACUCUGAAAAGACAAAAGAGAAACUCAAGAACAAUGUAGCCACUACAUUCUUGGCUAUCGACAUGGAACACGACAAGGUGAUUAUUGACCGGGUUGAAGAAAUCAGCAAGAAGAUCGGUUGCACCAUGGUUGAAGUAGCGUGUGCUUGGUUGAUUGCAAAGGGAGCCCAUCCAAUCAUAGGUGUUACUCUGAAAGAAGCCAUUGAGCCUGUAGUCAAAUUAACUGAAAUCAAACUCACCGAGGAACAAGUGAAGUAUCUCGAGGAGCCAUAUCGGGCCAAGGCUCCAGCGUGGGUCCUUUCAUAA